CUUAAAUAAAUCGCAUCGGUUUCUCAUAUUUCAACUUUUUUUUGUUAUCAAAAGUAAAACAAAGUUUCUGUAUUAAAACUGUAGAAAGUCUGACACUGUGAUCUGAAAGUAUUGCCAGCUUACGAAAAUAUUCUGACAUUAACGAAACAAUCUUGUAGCUCUGCUAGCAUAUUGAAGAGCUUUAAAUAUGUCGUACAACCUAUUUGUUCACAUUGAGUUGAAAAUUCUUAAACGUCAAAAAAGCAGUUAUUUUGUCGAAUAAUUGAAAGAAUAAAAUAAAAUGAAGAAUCUAGAAGUUAUAACAUCAACAUUUUUUUUAAACUGCCUUCUUGUUGCCUCGUUUUACGAAGUCAAAGAAAGCAGCAAAAAUGAAGUUCAGUUUACAAGUUUUAUCUCAAUGUCGCACAAUACCCUAACUGACAACAAAACAAGCAUAAAAUGUUUAUAUGAAAAGGUUGAACAAAGUGUAAAAAAUUUGCUUAGCAUGAAACAGAAAGCCUCAAAUGAGAAACGAAAUAAAAGAUCUCAACUGAAUCAAAAUGAACCGAAUUUGAUGUGCUCUGAAGAACAAAUCGCCAUAACAAAUGAAAGCGGUACUUACGAGAUUGUAAUGAAGUUCAAUUCCAACAAAGUUGACUAUUUCAAACUAGCAAACUUUGUUAUAUCAAAAGAAUGUGUAUCAAAGAGUGCAUUACCGUGUAAAACAAAGUAUGAAACGAGAAAAUACGCAAAGUUGAAUAUAACCGGAGGAACAGCCAGCCUUAUCGGAAAUAUUAAACAGCUUGAAGUUGGAAUUUGUUGUCAAUGUUUUUAAAAGUAUUUCACAUUUAUAAUAAAUAAUUUUAUAUUUUA